GUAAUAGACCCCUACAUUAUUCACCGUGUUAAUAGGCAUUCAAACAUUGACUUUAAACGGAUUGAUUCCAUAAAUAUCUAAAGACUGCGAAGUCACCCAGCGCACCUACGAAAUAGUUGUUAGACGUGAAAUUUUCCCACUAUCGUGAAAACACGGAAACCCAGCAAUUAACUUCCCCCCUCUCCUAUCCCCUACUAUUACGUGCAAACUUGCUGUAUGAAUGCAUCACUAUGUCGACUGUUGUCGAGUUACUGCAUCGAAAAAAUGAUAAUGCAUGGAGUGAUAAGCGCGCUUUCCUUGAAGAAAACCGACUAUUGCUGUUUAACUGAAAUGUCGAGGGGUCGAUCGUAACUCAAUGCCGUCUUACGAAUGUUAAUAACAAUCUGCAAAAUUGAUUGUAUAACUAAUUGAAGGAUGACGAGGAAGAUUGGAAUUGCAUCGCGGCUGACAGAUCAACUGAGAAAUUCAACCGUAAAUCACGGGAGAAAUUAUAGAAAAAAAUCUGAUGAAGGUCUACUGCAUGAUGACGCCCUGGAAAAGGAGAAGGAGAAGGAAAUGAGGCGAAUUCUCACAAUCGAAGAGGCCCCGAAUUAUCUAAGACAUAAUCCGUAUAUUUUGAAUGGAUACAGGGGAUGUAAAACGAAAAAAUUGUGUGUGGAAAGUGUUUUUUGGUGGACAAAUGAAACUGUCAAUAUUUGGAGUCAUGUCUUAGGUUUUAUUUUUUUUUUCGUAUUGGCAUGCUAUGACGUCUACUUUACAGACGCGUCAUAUCUACAAAAAGCUAUAGGCCUAUUCGCGAGCAUAAAUUUCCAGAUUGCCCUGAUUAGUUCAACAAUUUAUCACAUCUUCUCCUGCAGAAAUGACAAAAUCUACGACUGCCUGCUAGCUGUCGACAUGUUUGGCAUCUCCUUGAGUCUAUUAGCUAUUUAUCUCUCGGGAAUAUAUUUCGCUUUCACGUGUUACGAGUAUCAUCGAUUUUUCUACUUGAUCACAGUUCUCCUAAUUUUCACAAUCGCAAUCGUACUGCAAAUUCCUCAAUACAACUUCAGUCCUAACGUCAAGAUAUCAGUUCUCUUCGGCUGGGCAGCCUAUGGGAUUCUACCGACGCUUCAUGGAAUCAUAGUCAUGGGUGGAUUACAGCAUCCCAUGGUACAGCAGUUGUUUCCCAGGAUAAUGGGCAUGUACGCUAUAACUUCACUGGCAUUUUUCCUCUUCGAGACUAAGAUACCUGAACGGUUCUUUCCAGGUGCUGUUGACUACGUCGGGUCUUCCCAUCAGUGGUGGCAUUUGUUGAUACUGUUUGCAUUCUUCUACUGGCGUAAUACCGGUCUCCUUUAUUUUGAGUAUAUCAAUAAUCACGGGUGUAUAGUACUUACAUAGUAGUACUAGCAGAAUCGCUCGUUGCUACAAUUCAAAUUAUUAAUUUAUUUAUUUAUCUUCUGUCUAUUAUCGUUGCACUGUUUUAAAUAGCUAGCAAAAUGACACAUGACUUUAAGGUAUCUUUGAAUACUGAAAGACAAUAAAUUAAUUGAAGUGA